AUGGAGUCAACCACAUGGAUCUGGGCUCCCGUCCUAGCAGCGAUUAUCUUCUGGCUUCUAAGCACUCCGUCCCUUAAGACACCCCUUCCUGUAAUUAAUCAGAGGCAACGAUUCGAGAUCGGAAGCCUCGGCUCCCUAAAACGGUUUUUCAAGGAUGCACAUGGCUUAAUCAGAACUGGAUUCAGUCAGGGCAGCGCUUUUUAUCUCUACUCGGAAUUCGGGCCAAAGAUCGUGCUGGCCCCCAAGCAUGCAGAUGACUUUCGAACUCAACCUGCAUUAAGCUUAUUGGAUGCUAUUGCGGAAGAAUUUCAUGCUCAUAUUCGAGGGUUUGACCCUUUCAACCAGGAUCCAGCUCUUGUGAAAGAUGUUCUACGCACGAAGUUGACACCGAAAUUGGGAGAGAUGUUCACAGAUGAUCCCAAUUGGCAUGAUUUACAAUUGAAGCCGAAUGUGGCUAGUUUAAUCUCCCGACUGACAUCAAGGGUAUUCCUCGGGGAGAAACUAUAUCGCAAUCCGGACUGGCAUCGAGUCACAGCCGACUAUGCCGUUCACACAUUCAUGUCCGCUCUAUUUCUCCGAAUGUUCCCGCGCUGCACCAGACCCUAUGUGGCAUACAUCCUACCAUUCUGCCGUAAGAUACGCAACGAAAUUAAGGAAGCUGAAGGCAUCAUCACUCCCGUCGUCGAAGAAAGACGGUCCGCCAAGCAAGAAGCCAUCCGUCAAGGAAAGGAGCCUGAACACUACGAGGAUGCGAUGCAAUGGAUGGAGGAAUGCGCAAAGGGUAGACCUUACGACCCGACUCUUGCUCAGGUAGCACUCUCACUUGCCGCUAUACAUACUACAUCGGACCUGCUCACACAGACGAUCUUCUACCUUGCUGAACGUGAGGAUGUUAUUAAGGCGCUACGAAACGAAGUAAUCGGAGUUCUGCAAAACGACGGAUGGACAAAAUCGACGUUCAACGACUUAAAGCUUAUGGAUAGCGUAUUAAAAGAGAGUCAACGGCUGAAGCCGCACAGUAUAGCGGGAAUGAGACGCUUCGCACAAGAAGACGUGACGCUCUCCGAUGGAACCGUUCUCCCCAAAGGCACAAUCUCAGUUCUCACCAGUGAGUCCAAUUGGGACCCUACCAUCUAUCCAGAGCCGGAGACAUUCGACGCAUAUCGGUUUCUGAAGCUGCGCGAGACGCCCGGAUUCGAGACGGUGGCGCAGGCAGUUACGACUUCGCCUCAGCAUUUGGCGUUCGGGUUAGGGAAGCAUGCUUGUCCUGGACGUUUCUUUGCGAUUGCUUUGAAUAAGAUCAUUCUGUGUCAUGUUCUUUCAGAGUAUGAUUUCAAGGUGGCUGAUGGGUGGAGCCCGACAGUGAGGAAGUAUGGGUUCAUAUGGCAGGCGGAUCCGGUGGCAAAGGUGUCUGUUCGGAGGAGAAAGGAGGAGAUUAUAUUGUAA